CUCCUCCUCGUCCUCCGUCUUCGUCUUCUUCUCCUCGCCUCCCCUUCUCCUCCCUUCCCCUAUCCGCCGCUUCCCCUCCCCCCCUUCUCUCUCCCCGCCCCCCGCCUCGUCUCCCGGCGAAUUCGCCGAGAGGGCCAGGAGUUUCACUUGGAGAAAGGAGCCAUUUUUGUAUCUGUUUCUCCGGAUCCGCGACCCGCUGUUGAUUUGUUCGCCCGUUCCAUUCGUCUCGAUUUAGAUUCGUUCAUAUUCGUUCUCGCUCGUUCGAUUGGGGCUAGCCGCCACCCGGAUUUCUCGCUGCUCUGUGUGGAUCUGGUCUCGCUGAGCCCCCGCCGCCCGGAAUCCCGAUUCGAUUCGGCUCCGCCCGGUGCCGCCCCGCCUCGGCGCGUUUGGAUCUCGUCGGACUAGAGGGGAACAGAGGCUUCUCGAUUCGUCUCGGGACGAGAUGGAUCAUGUGGUCGGGGGCAAGUUCAAGCUCGGAAAGAAGAUCGGGAGUGGAUCGUUCGGGGAGCUCUUCCUGGCUGUGAAUGUGCAGACUGGAGAGGAGGUCGCCGUCAAGCUGGAAAAUGUGAAGACAAAGCACCCACAGCUUCAUUAUGAGUCGAAGCUCUACAUGCUUCUCCAAGGAGGAACUGGCAUUCCACACUUGAAGUGGUUUGGUGUUGAGGGGGAGUAUAAUGUCAUGGUGAUCGAUCUUCUUGGGCCUAGCCUUGAGGACUUGUUCAACUACUGCAGCAGAAAGUUCUCGCUUAAGACUGUGCUCAUGCUUGCUGAUCAAAUGAUUAAUCGGGUUGAGUACAUGCAUCAAAAGGGGUUUCUUCACCGUGAUAUAAAGCCUGAUAAUUUCCUUAUGGGGCUUGGUAGGAAAGCCAAUCAGGUGUAUAUAAUAGACUAUGGGCUUGCAAAGAAAUAUAGGGAUCUUCAGACUCACAAGCACAUCCCCUACAGAGAGAACAAGAACCUCACUGGAACUGCACGAUAUGCAAGUGUCAAUACGCACCUUGGCGUUGAGCAAAGCAGGAGAGAUGAUUUAGAAUCUCUCGGUUAUGUCCUUAUGUACUUCCUUAGGGGCAGCCUACCAUGGCAGGGGCUGAAAGCAGGAACCAAGAAGCAGAAAUAUGACAAAAUCAGUGAGAAAAAGAUGCUUACUCCGGUGGAGGUACUCUGCAAAUCGUACCCAUCAGAGUUUAUCUCCUACUUUCACUACUGUCGUUCAUUGCGGUUUGAAGACAAGCCUGAUUAUUCUUACCUGAAAAGACUAUUCCGCGAUCUCUUCAUUCGUGAAGGAUACCAGUUCGAUUAUGUGUUUGACUGGACCAUUUUGAAAUAUCCCCAGAUAGGUUCCAACCCGCGGAUGAGGGCAAGUGAAAGAACUAGUGGAGCCGCCGGACCUUCUAUGGAUAAGAUUGAGAAGACCCCAGCAGGCGAAGCGUCCGGUAGGCGGAAUCCAACUGGCUCUAUGAAUCAGAGUGACAAUUAUGCACAGCGACCACGUGAGACCGUAUCUAUGUCGUUAAAGGAAAUCAUGCAUAGCACAGACCGGUCUGGGGAAAGGACUGUGGAGAGACCUCGUACAUCCUCUCGUACAGGCAGCGCGUCAAGGAGAGCUAUAGCAUCAAGCAGCAGGCCAGGCUCAUCUGUGGAACCAAGUGAGCAGCAGUAUAACCGGACAAGCAGGUUGUUCUCUAGCAACAGUGGCAGUCGUCCAUCAAGCACCCAGAGAGUUAACCCAUCACCAGGCGAGUCAAGGGCCACCUCCCUUUCACGGGCAGCAGUUGCGAGAGGCUCCCGUGAUGAGCCGCUCCACCGCAGCCUGGAGCUUCUGUCCCUGGGUGGCGGUAAAAGGAAAUGAUGGGAAGAAGAAAACAGAAAACGGCAUCUGAGUGGCGAAAAGGGAAGAAUGCUGUUUGCGACUCUGUAAAUGACAGGAUAUCACCUCCUAUUUGUCAACAGUUCCCCUGGGGCAUCCCAUAAUUUCGUAGUGCCCCGGCCUGUUGUAUCAUUGCUUCAUAGAUAGCAAUAAUUUGUUGUUAAUGUGUGUGUUGCUGUUGCGUUAGGGCCAAGUCCUAGCCUUGUGAUGAUUAAUUUAGGGGUGGUCAAGAUUCACAUAUUUAUGUUUCUUCACCCUUUGCUGGACUUGGCGACUUUUCCUCCCGAGACAAGUGCUCGUGCAUUUCUUGUUGAA